GCAGAAUGAAACCAUUUCACCGCUCUCAGGCGAGAAACACCUCACACUCGCUUCGAUUGCCGCUGCUGUCCAUCUGCGCGUUGACGACGCGGCUUUUGCGAUGCACGAGUCGGGCUUGGUCAGCGUCAAGGGUACAGAUGGAGAAAUUGUCAUCACGCCCGAACUGCUUGAGCACGUCGCAAAGGAGAAGAAAGUCAAGAUCGCUUUCCUCGAGGAGGAGUACUGGCUCAUCUGACUUGCCGCGAAAGCAAAAGCUCGCGUACUGGUCGAGCACGGACCUCCCAACAGCCGGCAGUCUUGCACUUAGCUACAGAUGCCCGGCUCCCUAGGCCAGACUCACCAUCGUUCGCAGCUGCUCGCCGCGAUGCGAGCAAGUAUUGCGGUAGCCGGUAUCUUGGGAACCACGCUAGCAGCAUCAGCGCUCUGCAUCGAUCACCGCGUCACAUCCAUCAAGCCUCUUGAGAUUUCUACGGCCCCACAAGAAUGGGACUGAACGACCAUGAUCGCACAAGGCGUCGGCAUAGGCAACUGGCUUGUUCUCGAGCCAUGGAUGGGCGGACAAGCGCUGGACGAUCUCGAGGCAACCGACGAAUAUUCGAUGGCGCAAGAGCUCGGCUGCACUCGUGACUAUUUUGACCGACUGCAGCGGCACUGGGACACUUGGAUCACAGAAGAUGACUUGCGACGUUUCAGCAAUGCUGGCAUCAAUGUACUCCGCAUUUCUGUAGGCUUCUGGGCUUGGGGCUCAUUCGCCAACGAGAUCAUGUCGGGCGAGCCGUAUUUGGUUGACGCACAGCUGCCGCGGUUACAAGGUCUGAUCGAACUUGCCGGCAGACACUCGAUCUAUUCUGUCAUUGACCUACAUGGCUUGCCUGGCUCUCAGAACGGGUAUGGCUCGAGUGGACGACAAGGCGAGAAACAUUUCUUCGAACAAGCCUAUUUUAGCAAGGGCGUCAGGACGAUACAAGCCGUCUCUAAUUGGAUGGACCAGCUGCCUACUGCGACUCGAUCGUGGAUAGCAGGCGUGGACGUUGCCAAUGAGCCCAUUGUGUCCGUUGGCUCGCAGAAGGUCGAUCGCCAUCACUGGACGCAUCUCGACCAACUCAAGCAGUUUUAUCGAGCAUGCAGUCGUAUCCUAUCUGAAUCGCAAGUCAAUCCAGUAAAGCAGAUGAUGGGUCAUGACGCAUUCAUCGACGAUCUCACGAAGAAUUGGUCUUGUCCGCAUCCAAUCUGGGCGAACGAAUGGUCCCUCGGCAUUCCACCUUCGAUGGAGACGGACGAAGCUCAGACUAUGCAAUGGUUCCAGAAGCUGUACAACGCACGAGCGAGACGGUACAACCGCUUCGCUGGAGGAGCGUUCUGGGCGCACAAGGCCGAGCCCGACAUUGACGGCUAUAUCUACAACGUGGAAUGGUCACUGGCCACGCUGCUCAGAGGAGGUCUGAAGUUGUUGUGA